CCACUUACAACCAAUCCCAAUCUCAAUCCCGCAUCAACUUCGACAACUUCACAUUUCGACAAUUAGAGCUAUCAUUACUUUUACACUGCCUUGAAGUUUAAGCGCAUUCCAUAACGGCCUAGUGCGACAGAGUUUUCAUUAUCCCCAUAUAAUCUUCUACAAAUAGAAUACCUCGUCAUCCGAGCUGCAGCUUAAGGCUACGGCGAACCACCGGACCGAGCCACCACCCACCAUGGCGGUCAUUGACGAAGACACAUUCUCCAACAUCCCUUGGAAUAGCAGUAACAGCGAAUCCGGGAUGGCGGGGUCCAGCUCUUCAGAACCGACUAUAGAAGCAGAGCCACCCACCGCCGAAGACCAACACCACGGAGAGGAUCUACAACACCAAGAUCCCGGUCUAUCAGGCGAUAUACUAGAAUGUACCGUAUCCGAGCCCCGCAAGGAGCAAGAUGGCACCAAAGAUGCCUUCGUAUCGUAUCUAAUUACUACAAAUUCUACAUUCCCUUCUUUCCAAAAACCAACAUUCACCUCCCGCCGUCGCUUCACCGAUUUCGUCUUUCUAUACAAAACCCUCUCCAAGGACUACCCAGCAUGCGCCGUACCCCCCUUGCCGGACAAGCAACGUAUGGAGUAUGUGCGAGGCGAUCGCUUCGGUCCGGAUUUCACAAACCGACGAGCCUACUCCUUACAACGCUUCCUAGCGCGCCUCACCUUGCACCCUAUCCUCCGCCGAGCCCCCAUUUUCCACACCUUCCUCGAAUCCCCCGACUGGAAUGCGACUAUGAAAUCCCGCGCUUCUAGAACUAGCACGGCAUCGGAGCAAGGGACCGGGGGUGUCUUCGACAACUUCGCCGACACAUUUAUUAAUGCCUUUACCAAGGUACACAAGCACGACAAGCGAUUCAUCGAAGUCCGCGAGAAGAGCGAUAAAUUGGAUGAGGAUCUAGGACAUGUGGAGAAAGUCGUAGCGCGAGUCGCCCGUCGGGAAAUAGACCUCGAAACAGACCUUCGAGAUCUCACCGAGCAGUUCCAGAAACUCAUCACCCUCGAACCGGGCGUCGAGAGCGCGGUUCAUGGUUUCGCUGCCAGUGUGGAAGAUACUGCGGCGGGGUUGAAACGGCUACGUGAACACACGGACCAGGACUACCUUGGUAGUCUGCGGGAUAUGCAGGCGUAUAGCCAGGCGUUGAAGAAUCUGCUCAAGGCGCGAGAGCAGAAACAACUUGAUCAUGAACAGUUGACUGAGUAUCUCAAUAAAUCGACUGCCGACAGGGACACUCUGGCCUCGGGCUACGGGUACGGAUCUGCGGGCGCGCUCGGCGGUGCCGGUGGAUACAUACGUUCCAAGAUCGAAGAUGUGCGGGGCGUCGACCACGAGCAGAGCCGUCGCGAGCGGUUGCGUAAGCUGGAAAUGCGGAUCGAUGAGUUAACCUCCGAAGCCGAGCGUGCGAAGAAAACAAGCGAGGCUUUCGAUGAGGAAGUCGUUAAGGAAGUAGUUGAUUUCGAACGGAUCAAGAGAAUCGAGCUGAAGAAACAGUUUGGUGGCCUCGCGGAUGCACAUGUCGAGUUUUAUGGCUCGGUCGCGGAUGUCUGGGAGCAGUACGUCAGGGAUAUGGAGAGGGAGGAGGGGUUAGGGUCUACGUAUACGGGGUGAAGGUAGGGAAGGAAUGUGAGGGGAUGGGAUGAUGUUCCAAGGAGGGUUUGAUAUCCUGCUUGUUAAAAGCGUCGUUCUCCUUUACAUACACACAUAUUACAUCUCCACGAACAAAAAUUAUUGGCCAUUGUGUUUAAUGGACAUUAUCGAUUCAUGAGAAUUCGGAGAACGGCAUUGGGGAGGAUGGCAUUUAACGUGCCUACAUGAGAUAGCAAGGGUCGGUCAUAAGGAGGCGAUUAGGGAAAUCAUGGGCGUUUGGGGGGAUUCAAAUCAACUCUUGUGUAGACGAGCCUCAUGUUAUCAUGCACUAGUUCUGCUUCUGCUUCAAUUUAUAUAUUUAUCAAGCAUCGCCUU